GAACAAACCAGAAGCCGUAGAAGAAGAAGCGGAAGCAGCAGCAUUGUGUUGUUAAGUUACCGAUGAAUGUUUCCACAUAACUGAAGUUUUCGAUGAAUGUUUCCAGAUAACUGACGGACGAAGAAGAGGCCGCGUCACAUCUGAAACAUGAAGCUCAACAUCGACGGGCUGUUGGUGUACUUUCCGUAUGACUACAUCUACCCUGAGCAGUACUCCUACAUGCUGGAGCUGAAGAGGACGCUGGACGCUAAGGGUCAUGGAGUCCUGGAGAUGCCAUCGGGAACAGGGAAGACCAUCUCUCUGCUGUCUCUCAUUGUUGCGUACCAAAGGGCCUUUCCUUUGGAGGUGACGAAGCUAAUCUACUGCUCGAGAACAGUUCCUGAGAUCGAGAAGGUCGUGGAGGAACUAAAGAAGCUGAUGGAGUUUUAUUGCAAGCAAACAGGAGAGACCAACAACUUCCUGGCUUUGGCCCUCUCCUCCAGAAAAAACCUCUGCAUCCACCCAGAGGUGAGCGCUCUGCGCUACGGUAAGGAGGUUGAUGGGAAGUGCCACAGUCUGACGGCUUCAUACAUUCGUUCACAACGUCACAGCGAGCCCGACCUGCCUCUAUGUCGCUUCUAUGAGGAGUUUGAUGCAGUCGGCCGACAGGUUCCUCUUCCUGCUGGCAUCUACAACCUUGACGACCUGAAAGACUUUGGCAGGAGGAAAGGCUGGUGUCCGUACUAUCUGGCACGCUACUCAAUCCUGCAUGCUAACAUAGUAGUGUACAGCUACCACUACCUGCUGGACCCUAAGAUCGCUGAUCUGGUGUCCAAAGAGCUGGCCAAGAAGUCUGUAGUGGUGUUUGAUGAGGCUCAUAAUAUAGACAACGUGUGCAUUGAUUCCAUGAGUGUGAACAUCACCAGACGAACGCUCGACCGCUGCCAGAACAACGUGGACACACUUCAGAACACCAUUCACAAGAUAAAAGAUACAGACGCUGCUAAACUGAAGGAGGAGUACAGGCGAUUGGUGGAAGGGCUGAAGGAAGCCAAUGUUGCCAGGGAAACGGACGUCUACCUCGCCAAUCCUGUGUUACCAGACGAAAUUCUUCAAGAGGCCGUCCCUGGCACUAUUCGCACAGCAGAGCACUUUGUUGGUUUCCUGAGACGUUUCAUGGAGUACCUGAAGUCUCGUCUGAGGGUUCAACAUGUCGUACAGGAGAGCGCCCCGCAGUUCCUCAAAGACAUAUUUGACAAAGUCUGCAUCGACCGCAAGCCUCUCAGGUUUUGUGCAGAGCGGUUACAGUCCUUACUAAGAACUCUGGAGAUUGCCGACAUCGCAGACUUCUCAGCUGUUACACUCAUCUCCAACUUUGCUACCCUGGUCAGCACAUACAGCCAAGGUUUUACCAUCAUCAUCGAGCCCUUUGAAGACAGAACUCCAACCAUCGCCAACCCUGUGCUGCACUUCAGCUGUAUGGACCCGUCUAUAGCCAUCAAACCUGUUUUUCAAAGGUUCCAGUCAGUCAUUAUCACCUCUGGGACUCUCUCUCCACUGGACAUCUAUCCCAAAAUCCUCGACUUCCGCCCAGUUACCAUGGCAUCUUUCACCAUGACGCUGGCACGGACAUGCCUCUGCCCUCUGAUCGUUGGCAGGGGGAACGAUCAGGUGGCCCUGAGCUCGAAGUUUGAGACCAGAGAAGACUUUGCUGUGAUUCGUAACUAUGGUAACCUUCUCCUGGAGAUGUCUGCGAUCGUUCCCGAUGGCAUUGUGGCGUUUUUCACCAGCUACGUCUACAUGGAAAACAUAGUGGCGUCUUGGUAUGAACAGGGUAUCCUGGAGAAUAUCCAGAGAAACAAGCUGAUCUUCAUAGAGACUCCGGAUGCUGCAGAGACGAGCAUGGCCCUGGAGAAAUACCAGGAGGCCUGUGAGAACGGCAGAGGAGCCAUCCUGCUGUCUGUAGCCAGGGGAAAGGUCUCCGAAGGAAUCGAUUUCGUGCACCACUUUGGCCGAGCAGUCAUCAUGUUUGGAGUGCCUUAUGUUUACACGCAGAGCCGCAUCCUAAAGGCUCGUCUGGAGUACCUUCGGGAUCAGUUUCAGAUCAGAGAGAACGACUUCCUGACGUUUGAUGCCAUGCGUCAUGCGGCACAGUGUGUGGGCAGAGCCAUCAGAGGCAAAACAGACUACGGACUCAUGAUUUUUGCUGACAAGCGUUAUGCCCGAGCAGACAAACGUGGAAAGCUUCCUCGCUGGAUCCAGGAGCACAUCAGUGACGGCAGUCUGAACCUCACAGUGGACGAGACCAUCCAGCUCUCCAAGCACUUCCUGCGGCAAAUGGCUCAGCCGUUUAGACAGGAGGACCAGCUGGGCCUGUCUCUGUUAACUCUCGAGCAGCUGGAGUCAGAGGAGAUGCUGCAGAAAAUCGCCCAGAUUGCUCAUCAGACCUGAAGGUGACAUUCGCUGCAUAAUGCCGUCACUAUGGCAACGCCCAUGACAGGGUCAGCAGCCGUUACAAUGACGUCAUUACUGUACGAUGAUUAGAACUGGGUCGAACAGCAGGCGAUGUAUGGAGUUCACCACACCAGGACAACUCACAUCCCAUCAGAUCCAAACAAAUUCAGGACUUUAUGGAGACUGUCUUAACAUUUUAUAUACUCAGUGUAUGUAUUCAGUAUUACAGAUUACUCACAGAUGCAAAAUAAGAGGAUAUAACUCAAAUAUCAACAACAGUAACAAGCUGUUUUGCAACAUUUCCAGAGUUUUGUGAAAAAAUGCAUUUGUUAGUUUUGGAUCCAAACAUGACAGAUGUGUUCAGUCACCAUCAGUGGGUCAAAACGUUGCAUUAACCACAGAAAUGUCAUUUCAUCUGUGAGUGUAACAUCGCUUCAUAUGGCGUCUGUCAUACAGGCACGACUACUGUUUCCUUUGCUACUGCAACUGUACAUUGUCAUUUUAUACUGAACAUGAAUAUUUCUGUACUUUUUUGAGGGGGAAUAUAAAUGUUUGUAUUUAA